GCCCAAGGAUAAGCCCAAAGAGAAACGAAGGCGUUCCCCGCCGCCGGCAGUCACAGAGGAGAAAUCUCCCCCUUACAGAAAUCGAUUUCCAUUUUCCGAUUAGAGAAGAGCCCAAGGAAGGAGGAAGAAGGCGAUUUCCAUUUUCCGAUCUUCCCCAUGCGAUUUCCUACAGUCUGAAAGGACAGAUAGGAUUCAGAUUUCAAUUUCCCUUCAAAAAGAAGAAAAAAAAUGUUGCGUUCAGCACUUAGAGUGGCUGUGAAGGCCCAGUUGAAUCAUUCAGCAAAUGCUACUUGCAUUGCUUCUCAGCAGUUGCAUCAACAAUUUUGGUCUUUGAGAUCAAGAGACUACUCUUCCAAGGGUAGUAAGAAGAAGGGAGGAGGAGGGUCAGGAAAAUCUUCUGCCAAAUCCCCUUCCUCUGAUACUAAAAGAGGAAAAGUCGCUCACCAGUCUGAUGCCAAAGAUAAUAUUACAACCAAUCCAGACAACGAGACUCGGAUCUUAGAGGAGAACAUAUUGGCUGAACUUGCAGAGGAUGAGAAGGAUAAAUCUCUUGAUGUUGGUUAUAAUGGCCGUCCUCUCUUCACAUACACACCUUCCCUCUCUCAACUUACUCGAAAGGAUACCUGUUCUUACAUGAAAUUCGACAUUAAGGAGUUGAAUGCAUCUUUACCAGAGGGUUUGCCUUCAGGAAUGUUGAAAGAGUUUGAGGCAUCAAGACGAACGGCCUUGUUGGUUCGCCAAAGUUUUCUUGACCUUCGUAACAAUCUCAGUAGGAUUGUUGAUCCUCCUUUGCAGGAUGACAAAGGCCAAAAAAUCCAGAAAAGAAUUGUGCUGGAUGGUCCAGUCAACGGUGGGAAAAGUAUUACACUUUCAUUGCUGGUUCACUGGGCUCGCGAUCAAGGUUGGCUGGUCUUUUAUGUUCCAGAAGGACGUAAAUGGACACAUGGGGGAUAUUUCUAUAAAAACCCUCAAACUGGUUUAUGGGAUACUCCUGUUCAGGCAGCAGACGCUCUUCAGGAUUUUAUGAAAUAUAACGAAUCAAAGUUGGAGAAAAUACCUUGUCAAAUUUCUGAUCCUAUUCCUCUUGGAGAGGGUGCUGGAAUUGGAUGGAUGAAAGGUGUGGAUUCAAUAACAAUGCCUGAAGGUUCAACACUUUAUGAUCUUAUUCAAACUGGUAUCACUAACAGCCAUGCUGCUGUUGGAGUAAUAGUUCGUCUCCGGAAAGAAUUAUCACUUGUGAAAGACAUACCUGUUCUAAUUGCGAUUGAUCAAUAUAAUAGUUGGUUUACAUUCAGUGAGUUCCAGGAGCCCGUAACUGUUCGUUCAUGCCGAGAUAUCCAUGCUCGGGAACUUACUAUGGUAAAUGCAUUCAGGUCUAUGAUGCAUGAUGACAUUAUGAUUGGUGCCUUUUCGCAUUCAACUGCUGUGGGUAAACUUCGCCAAGAUUUGCCAGAUGUGCCAAUCGAUGCUCGGAUGAAUUAUCCUCGCUACAAUGUUGAAGAAGCUGCUGCCGUUAGCCACUAUUAUCUAAGGCAAAGACUGGUGCGAAGAGAGGCCUUCUCAGAGGAAGGGUGGAAGAAGGUAUUCUAUCUGUCCCAUGGAAAUGGGGCAGAAAUGAGAUGGUUAGUUCCUUUCAUGAGAUGACUGCCUUCCUAAACAUCAGAUUUCGAUUCUUGAAAAGGCGAAACAGACUCCUUUUUUCUGGGUUAGUAUUAACAUUUGUUUCUUUGAAGGAGUGAAAUGAUUGCUACACUAAUUAUUUUGAAAUUUGUAUCUGAAAGAAAAUGCUAAGCUUUUUCUGAAAAUACUUCAAUCUUCUGGCCCGACAAUAAUCUUGUAUUCUCUUAUCGUUGUACCACUUUCAGGUGGAUUCUAAGACCAUUAGUACUAUGUAUAUUUCUGGAUUUU